AUGCCGUUCGGAGCGUCCCGGGGAAAGUUCACGCGCGUGCUCUGCGCGUCGCGAAGUCUUAGGCCAUGCCAAGGCAUUCGUAAUAAACCAUUAUUUGCAAUAGUGCCAAAGCCCCGAAAUGCAAGAGUUAUCUCAGUUAACCUUCAUAGCGUUUUACGGUGGGAUCCACCUGUGUUUUCCAAAGGAAACGUAACUUACACUGUGCAGUUUAAGAGCAUCAUUAUUCCUAAAGCCACGUUUGAAAACUUGAGCACGAACGUGGAACUCACAGAGUGUGAUGUCUCUUCUCUGUCUCUGUAUGGAGACUAUAUUUUACGAGUCAGAGCGGAGUCAGAAGAUGAGCAGUCAGACUGGGCGAUGGUCAGAUUUAAGCCAAUGUACGACACAAUCAUUGGACCACCUGACGUAAAAGUGAAGUCAGAAUCCGGGUCUUUGCAUAUGGAUUUCAUAGGCCCUAUUGCUGAAAAUGAACCUAACAAGUGGUCUUUAAAGCAACAUUAUGGCUCAUGGAAUUACAGAAUACUAUACUGGAAGAAAGGCAGCAAAAAGGAGGUAAUUCACCUAGAUACUAAGCAUAACUCCGAAAUAUUGUCUCAGCUGGAGCCAUGGACAGUAUAUUGUAUCCAAGUGCAAGCAGUUAUUCCCGAGUGGAACAAAACUGGGGAGCUGAGCCAAGAGCUUUGUGACCAGACGACGCACAAUGGUGUAACCCCUACUUGGAUAAUUGUCACUGUUCUUUUGGGAUCCAUGUUGGCUGCUAUAAUAUUUGUUCCUGUUUGCUUCUUUUCCUUUUUGUUUCUGUAUCGACUGACCAAACAUGUGUUCUUCCCUUCGUAUUAUUUCCCACAACACUUGAAAGAGUUUCUGAGCAAGCCUGCUAGUGGUUCACAGUUGUUUUCUCCAGUGCCCCAAGAAGAGCAUCUCCUUUGUGACAAGUUAACGGUUAUUUCCGAAGAAUCCAAAAGCCCAAGCGAGCAGGUUGUGGAUGAGGCCAGCGAUACAACAGGGCAGCUUCGGGACUCUGAGCAAGAACUACCUGAUUUAAAAAUCGUACCAGCUUCGAAAGGGGACUAAAUGCACUCCUCAUACCUCACUGAGACCAAAAGAAAAGCAAAUAGGCUAUUACGUUUAUCUCCUGC